GUUUAAUUUGUAUUGUUCACAGUUAAGGCCUUGCUAACCUGUAGGGAGUCACUCACAGGUGAACACGCCUCAAAUACUCGGAGAAUGUAACACAACCAGGAAACAUUGCACAAGCAAACAAAAACAUAAAACCAGCUGUUUCUUUUCAGAUUUUCAGCUAUGCUCUUCGCUCUAAACAAGAUGAAGAAGCUAUUGAUGCUUCUCCUCUUCUCUCAUGUUACAUCUGCAGUGAAGCACUCCAUGAAUUUGUACCUCAUGGGAUCUUCUGGAGUCGCAAACAUCCCAGAGUUUGCGGCCAUCGCAAAUGUUGAGGAAGUGAUUAUGACUUACUAUGACAGCAACAUAAAAACAGUAGAACCCAGACACUACUGGGCAAGACAAUUAAUGGAAGAUGAUCCACAAUACUGGGAAAGGCUUACUCAGGACUGCAUGCAUUAUCAGCAGUUCUUCAUAGAGAAAACGGAAAGUUUCAAGCAGCACUUAAACCAAACUGGAGGUGUUCACAUUAACCAGCAGAUUGUGGGCUGUGAAUUGGAUGGUGAAACUGAAAAGGCAGAUGGUUAUAACCACUAUCAUUAUAAUGGAGAAGAUUUUCUUACGUUUGACCUGGAGACAGAGACAUGGAUUGCUGUAAACCCACAGGCUGAAAUCACGAAGCAGGAGUGGGAUAGAAAUAAAGAUACCAAUGGGUUUUGGAAGAACUUCAUCAUCAACACUUGUCCUGAGUGGCUAAAGAUGUAUUUGAACUAUGGGAAGACCUUUAUGCAGAGAACAGACCCUCCCUCAGUGUCUCUCCUCCAGAAGACUCCCUCCUCUCCAGUCAGCUGCCACGCUACAGGUUUCUACUUUGACAGAGCCAUGAUGUUCUGGAGGAAAGAUGGAGAGGAGCUUCAUGAGGACGUGGACCACGGAGAGAUCCUCCCCAACAACGAUGGAUCCUUCCAGAUGAGUGUUGACCUGAAUCUUUCAUCAGUCACACCUGAAGACUGGAGGAGGUACGACUGUGUGUUUCAUCUCUCUGGUGGGAAGGACGACAUCAUCACCAAACUGGACAAAACAAAGAUCAGAACCAACUGGGGCAAAAAGGAGAUUCGACUUGACAAAACAACAAAGCCCAUCACCAUCCUGAUUACUGCUGUAGUGGUUGCUCUUGUUGUCGUCCUCAUCGCUGUUUUUGGUUUUAUCGUUUACAAAAAGAAGAAAGCCAAUCGCCCUCCACCUCCUCCUGUCAACAGCUCUGAGCUCUCUGAGAGACUGAAGCCAGAAACCUGAUUGACAAACACACCACCCUGCACACAGUGACGUCAUGUUGACAACAAAACAGUAAAUGCUGUGACUGUGUUAUAUUCACACCUCCAGUUAAACAAGCUGCCUCAUGUAGCAAAUGAAGCUUCUGAGAUUGUUUUGCCAAUAACUGCAAAGCUUAUGUGUCACAUUACAACUGUAAAUAGAUGUUUUUCUACAAGCAACAAUACUUUUUGUACAAUGAGGUUAUAAAGAGAAAAGAAACAUGGACUUUUUUGCACUGCUAUUUCAUUCCUUUUGUAGGCUACUUAGGUUUUUAAUAAAAUGUCUGUCUCUUUA